AUGGAUGUCAGUCACAUCAUUACAGAAUUUAUCUACUUUCAUCUCCCUGCGGAGGUGAAGCCAGAGAAUGUUCAAGACCAAAAGGGAAAGCGACUCCUGAACCUGUUCCAAGAGGCGAGGCUUCAAGACGGAUACAACUGGUCGGCUUGGGGACGGUCAGAAGAGGAUACGAACGCGUUAGUUUGGGUUAUUGGAAUAUUCCUCCUCUCCAAUCUAGAAUGGUCAAAUGAGGAGUCAACCAUCUCUACAACCGAGCUCAAGACCUUGGCUUGCCCUAGUCCUGCAAUCGUCAAGCUCAGGACGAAGCUUACGCCUACACUAUCUUCAGUCGGAGGUAUCAAGUCAGCUCCAAUGGUGGAUCUCACAACAAUGCCAUUUGUGGCAGGCUUGUCAGUUGAGGAUGAUGCCGGCACCAGAGAGGUUCUGAAUACAAUGAGAGAGGCCGUGUUGAACAAGUUGCCAGAGGAUCUGGCACCGUCGUAUUGGCUCAUGAGCACAUGGGAUACUCGCCCCGUGGUAUCUCACCCAGAGAGCCCGACUGGUCGGAGUGUAUUAUCUAUUUUGGUUGUCGGAUGGCAUAGUACACAGCAACACUAUGACAUAUGGAAGUUGCCAGAUUUUCGAUCGACGUAUAUUGGUCCUGUCAAGGCAAAGAUGCUCUCAUACCCAGAGGGACUUGGGAUGAAGCAUAUCGCUUUUAAUUUAAUUUAA